UUGUAGAUGACAAGGCACACUCAGUCACCAUAAACAAGGAAGUGACAACAUAAGCCACCAAUAUGGCGGCUGUGUGCUGUUCAACCUUCAUGUUCUGAAACAUUGUGGAUCUGUAAUAUAUAUACUGGAAUUGUUCCAAUCCACAGCUUCAGGCGUCCUGAUACCCCACAAAAAUGGCUGGUACCUUUGAGGAAACAUACCAUCUAGAAAAGCCGCAGAUCCUGCCGUUCCUGGAGUCCGAGGAUGGCAAGUGUGUGAUGAGCUCUCUUCAGGAGCAGGAAGGAUGCGUAAUAAAAGUCAUGGAGAUAGACACUGAAGAUACUUCAACACGUGUCAACUUGUCAUUUCUCAAGCAGCAGAUAACAGAGGUCGCGGAUGACGUCAUCGUUAGUUCCGUGGGAUCAAAUCUGGACAUGCUGACUGGACAACUUUCCAGAUGUGUUUUGGAGGCUGCAGGGAAGGAGAUAGGGGAAGAGUGUAGGAAAAAAUGUCCAACAGGAUUAAAUGUUGGUGGGAUGGUUGUGACAUCUGGAGGUAGGCUAAAGUGUAAGGCAAUAUACCACUGUUGCCUGCCCCCCUGGAGCAACAAGCAGCUUAGUCCAGAAGAUGUGUUAAAACAAGUAGUCAGCUCUUGCAUCACCACCGCUUCGACUGAAGGAUACAAAUCCAUUGCCUUUCCUGCCCUUGGAUCUGGUAAUCUUGGCUAUCCUAAGUACGUGACAGUAGCAUCCAUUGUUGAUACUGUUCGGGAGUUUUGCGAUGUCCCCCUUUCCCUAGCGGACGUGCAUGUCGUCGGUCUCCAGGAAGACCUAGACUUUGAAAAGGCUUAUAAACGGUACCAACACAAGGUAACGGCGUCUGAAGAUAAGAGCUCAGAAACCAUUACGAUUGGCAAACUGCGCCUCGUCCUUCUCGAAGGGGAGAUAACUGACGAUUGUUCGGAUGUCAUCGUUCAUCCCACAACAAAACAACUGUCUUUUGAUUCAGGUGACGUUUCAGCAACUUUGAGAAUAAAAUGUGGCAAUGGUUUUGUUGAAGAAUGUCAAGCUGAAGCAAGGGACAUGAAGGAGAAGGGCUUGUUCCUGUCCGGGGCUCCAGGUUUACUGUGCACAAACAUCCUGCACACUGCCCCGAAACAUUUUGGAAGCUGGAAGAAAACUGUGAAGAAGUGCAUCAAACACGUGGAUGCGACAGACGAAUACACGUCUAUUGCCUUCCCUGCUGUUCCAGCUGAUACGUUCCCGGGUUCUCCUGGAGAUGCCUACAAGAAGGCAGCCUGGGAAAUGGUUGCAGCAGUAACGACCUUGCAAACAACAACUGUGACCACGAUCCGAGUCUUCUGCCCCAACCAGUCCCUUUUAGCGACGUACACAGAGGCAGUGCUGAGGGCUAUACCCGACCUCUGUACUAAGGCAGGAAGACUGAAGUCUCGUAUAAAGGCACUUAAGAGGACACCCUUCACGACAAAGGUUCCAACGGAAGACGGUGUGCUUGAAACACCAAGCAGUAGUGUAUUGAAAACGAUGCCUGCAACAGAACACCGUAGUAGGAACGAGUCUGCAGCGUUAGUCACAGUGUUCUGCCAGGAAAAUAAGUGUGACGUCAUCUUUAAAAAACUGUCAGACAGAUGUGAUGAAGACUACUCCAGGAUAGUCGCGGACCAGAGAACACUGAAGCUGAAGUCUUCACAGACUGAAGACCUAUUGGUGGUUGCAAAGAAAGAGGGGGUGGCUGUCGACAUUGUAGAAGACAGUGGAACGGUAAUUCUGAAGGGUCCAUACAACGGUCUUACCAAAGUGAGUCACCAUCUGGAUGAGAUGCUACAAACAGUUGCUGAGUUUGGUUUUGUGGCCUAUCCAAUUUGCUGGGAAGGAGUAGACACUGACCAGAGGGUGUUCUGCGUGGCUGAAGGAAGCAGAGAAUACAUAUGUGUGAAGAACAAUUUGAUGAAGUCUUUUGGAGACAAGGCAAAACGUGUAACCAUCCUUAAGAUCGAAAGGAUUCAGCUUCCGCACUUGUACAGGCAGUUUCAGAUCGAGAGACAGACUGUGCAGAAGGAACACCCCUCUCAAGAUAAUCAACGCAUCCUUUGGCACGGAACCGACAUCGAAGCGGUUCCCAAUAUCAACAAAUACGGCUUUAAUAGGUCUUACAGUGGAAAGCACGCUUCUCAGUACGGACAAGGUGUGUACUUCGCCACGAGUGCCAUCUACUCUUCUGACGACAAGUACUCUCCGCCAGACACCUACGGAAUCAAAUACAUCUACCAAGCUCGGGUCCUGACAGGCAGAUACACCAAGGGGGAAGCCACCAUGAGGGACGCUCCCCUUGUUAACCCCACGAAAUCUGUCAGGUUUAACUCCACCACUGACAACGCUUCACGGCCAUCGCUGUUCAGCAUCUUCCGGGACACAUAUUCCUACCCUGAAUAUCUCAUCUCUUUCCAACUGUCAGUGUAGCAAGAAUCAUAAAUCAGAACUCAGGACAGUCAGAAGUACCAAUGGUUCUCUACAGAACUCUUAAUACCACUCAACUCUUCAUUGGAACAUUCCCAUUAUGUAAUAACAGUGAGUGAGUUGGGUUUACGACGCUUUUAACAGUAUUCCAGUUAUAUCACGGCGUGUCAGCUUAAUGUGGGGGAAAAGCCCGAAGUGAUGCAGAUCUCAGGCGCUUACCACUUCGGUGAA